AUGGAAUCUGAUCAGCAGAGGACAUUUUGCAAAGUAUUUAAAAAUGCCAUGUUUCCUAAUGGUUAUGCAUCUGAUAUACGCCGUAAUGUGCAUGUUAAGGAGAAAAAGAUAACUGGGCUAAAGAGCCAUGACAACCAUGUCCUUUUGCAAGACUUGCUGCCACUUGCAGUGAGAAGAACAUUACCAGAAAGAGUUAUUCGCAUAAGUGACAUGCAAAGGUUGCAGGAUGAAAUAGCUGAGACCUUGAGCCUUCUUGAGGCCAUAUUCCUCCCAUCAUUUUUUGACAUUAUGGUGCAUUUGAUGGUUCAUCUUCCAGCACAAGCAAUGAUAGCUGGUCCAGUACAUUUUUGCAGCAUGUGGGCUGUAGAGAGGUAUAUAGGAAAGCUCAAGGGACAUGUCCACACCAGAAGUCAUGUGGAAGGAUCAAUUGCAGAGGGCUAUUUGUUUGAUGAGAGCUUGACAUUUUGCUCACACUAUUUGGAUGAUGAGAGUCAGUUGAAUCGAGCUAGGAAUGAUGGAGGUUUGGAUAUGGAAGUUGAUGAUACAACUCCUUUCUUCCACAACAUUGGUCGAGGGCUGGCUGGCAAGUGCAUGGUGAUGUUAGAUAACAAAACUUGGCUGCAAGCCCACAGAUACGUCUUGUUCAAUUAUGACAACAUAGAACCAUACCUAGACAAACAUAUGGAUUACCUUUCUUCUAUUGGUGUUCGAAGUCAUCGAGAAGUCAAGUGUGUGCAUUACGAGACCUUUCAUGAGUGGUUUAAAUUGCACGUGGCAGAAAUGGGCGAUGAAGCACCUCAUGAGAUAAAAAUAUUAGCUAAAGAGCCAAACUUGGUUGCUAUGAAGUAUAGUAGCUACACUAUAAAUGGGACAGACUUUCAUACACAAUCAUAUGAUGAGGGCCGGUCAUUCCAGAGUAGUGGAGUAGCUCUUGUUGCACAAACCACAUCCUUUGCAAAAGGAAAAGGUGACAAUAUUAGUGUAAGAAACAAGACCUAUUAUGGCAUUAUAAAGGAAAUUCUUGAGUUGAAUUAUCAACAUGAAGGGAAAGUAGUGUUGUUCAAAUGUGACUGGGUUGAUAAUCGUGUAGAAGAUGAAUGGGUGCAAACUGAUCAGUUUGGAAUCACUUCUGUGAAUUUCAAGCAUUUUUUCAAUACCGGUGAGAAAAUAUCAGACGAGCCCUUCAUAUUAGCCACACAAGCAACUCAAGUUUACUAUGUUGAAGAUCCCAUUGAUGCUGAGUGGUCUACUGUUGUUGUUCCAUCAUUAUAUGACAUAGAAGAAUCUAAAGAUGACAAUGGUAAUGUUUUAUGUGUGACGUUGCCUGAUCCGUGUACUGCUAUACGUGUGAGUGUUGCGGAUGGAUGCAUUGGUUCUGCUAGGACAGAUAUAGAUGGACUAGUUCUUAAAACAAGUGAUAUUGAAAAAAGGGGAAAAAUGGCAAGCGCAAACGGAAGAGCUAAAGAUGGUGGGGUCACGGAGGAACAACUGAAAGCGGUAGAGUAUGAACUACUGAGAAGCAAGACCAUUGAAGAGAAUGAUAAACGGCUAGCAGCGGUACGAGCAACAAGAGCUUCUAUGCAGGAAGAUAUGGAAGCGAACCAAGCCCCCAAAAAGAAAAGAAAGGCACCCUCCAGCGCACCUAUAAGCGCGAAUGAAGGACGUGUUUUGAGGUCUAGGGUAUCAAAAGAUCAAGAUCAUGUAGAUCCUGAGCAUCAGCCUUCCAAAGAGAUUACUUGUGAGCUUGAUGAUGAAGGUAGUCAAAAGAAAGGUGGAAGAAAAAUUACUCGAAAGGCUAACAUAUAUGCAAGGCUGAAUCAACCCAAAAUCCAUAUUCCACUUAAUGGGAAUGGCCAGCCUGUUGGGCCAGAUGCAACUGAAUUUGCCAAUUUCAUUGGUACUUUGGUGAGGAAGCAUAUAUCACCUGCAGAGUUAGAUUGGCGAGAUGUUGAUGUAGACAAAAAAUUGUUAGUGUGGGAGACCUUGAAGGCAUUUUAUGAGCUCGACUCAACCGCCUUGAGCUUUGUUCUCAACACUUCACACAUAAAAUGGAAGGAUUGGAAGUCAGAUUUAAAGAGGUACAAGUUUGAUGCUGCGCUGACUGAUGCACAACUUAUGAAAAGACGUGAUAGCAGAAUUAGUGAAGCUGAUUGGAAGACCCUUAUUACUUAUUGGAGAUCUUCGGCAUUUGAAUCUCGUAGUGCUAUCGCCAAAAAGAAUCGUGCCAAUGCAGUGCCUCAUACAUCUGGCAGCAAGAGUCAUGCCCGUGUUGCCAAUGAAAUGGCUGUCAAACUUGGGCAUGAUCCUCGAAGAGAUGAAGUUUAUAUCGAAACACAUACAUGCAAGAAAGGGGAAAGGAAAGGGAAUUAUGUGCCGCAGGCAGCAGCAACAAUUAAGGAACUCAUAGAGAAAGGUGAACAGCACCCCGAAUGGAAGGAAAAAAACAUUAAAGAAGGUGAUCUGUUUGCACGUGUAUGUGGAAUGAAGGAGCCCAGGGGUCGUGUCCGUGUGUUAGGUCUAGGGCCAACACCUCAAGAUUUGGGCACACCGGGUACACGGGGUAAAUUGAGCACAAGAGUUCUAGUUGAAAUGGAAGGGCGUCGAGAAGCUGAAAAUCGCUUUAACAUGCUGGAGGGGCAUGUGCUACAAAUGCAGGAACAGAUGAACCGAAUGGAAUUGAUGUUAGCUUCACAAGGAGGGCAUAAUCUGGAAACUCCUAGCUCGCAGCACGGUUCCAAUUCUCGACAAAACUCAAGAGCUGAAGCUGAGGAUAAUAACGAUGGUGAAGAAGAUGAUGAACAGGAUGAUGAAGAACCCUUUGUUCAUAGAAGAGUUGUUGCAAAGCCCCCUUCAAGAAGCUCAUCAGCCUAUGAAGAUGAAAGCCUUAUUGGUAUGGAUGUGCUUCUAUAUGCAUGGACUGGUCCUGAAACUCCUGUUGCUAAGGCAACAAUUAUCUCAGUUGACCCAGACACUAUUGUGGGCGGAGAGCCCCUUGGACUAGGAACUUAUGAGGUUCUUGUCAAUGUUGCGAUCAGAAGGGAUGCUACUUUGCCUUUUGAAGAUGAAGGUUUACAAAUUAUCGCUGAUGCUGUCACAAGGUCCAUUGCAUGGCCAUCUAGCAAGGUUGAUUCAGUUUGA